AUGUCGUCGUCGGAAGGUGCGCCGGAGUCAUGGAUCUCCUCAUUCUGCUCGCUCAUGGGCCAUGAGUUCUUCGCUGAGGUGUCGGAGGAUUUCAUUGAGGAUGACUUCAACCUAACGGGCCUGCAGUCGCAGGUGCCCAUGUAUAAGGAAGCGCUGGAGAUGAUUCUUGAUGUGGAGCCCGAGGAUGAGGAGGAUGAGGAAGAUGAAGAGGAAGAGGAAGAGGAUGAUGAGGUUCUGGGCGAAGACCGACCGGUCAAUUACCGGCGAGCUAGUGACCGUCGACACGCCCGCGUUGCUAGCGAUCUUAGUGUGAUCGAGAGCUCCGCCGAGCUACUGUACGGUCUAAUUCACCAGCGGUACAUCACCUCGCGACCGGGUAUUCAACAGAUGCUGGAAAAGUAUGAAAUGCAGCACUUUGGCGUCUGCCCGCGCGUCAACUGUGGCGGAUGCAAGGUCUUACCUGUGGGCCGAUAUGAUACCCCAGGCCAAGAAACGGUUAAGCUCUUCUGUCCCGGCUGCAUGGACAUCUACACCCCACCCAACAGCCGCUUCCACUCCGUCGACGGAGCCUUCUUCGGCACAACAUUUGGAUGUCUGUUCUUCAUGACAUUCCCUGAUCUGGGUAUCGGACCACGCCUAGAUGCCUCCUUCUCCACCGUGCCACGAACCCCCACACAGACCGGAAACCGAACUCAACCUCAAGCAGAGGCCGAAUCACCUUCGCCCGAAAACCAGCCACUAGAGAUCAAUGGCGUCCGCACAGAUAGCUUCUGCCCCGGUCUUGGGCGUGGUAAGGUUUACGACCCCAGGAUCUACGGAUUCAAGGUCUCCGAAGCCUCGCGUGUGGGUCCACGCAUGAAGUGGCUUCGAAUGAAGCCCAGAGAUAUCUAUGAGCUUGACGAGGUUAUGCAACACGAGGAAAUGGGUGCCUUCCCGGAGCCAAAGUCCGGCGCGGGUCAAUCGCGGGGGGAUAAGGAUGGCGAUAUGGACAUGAAGGUUGGACAAUCUCAAGAGGCAUCAAUCGCGAAUCGGAAAAAGGCACCCAUGCGGCGACGACGAGUGGGUGACGCUGCCCCGGACCAGAUGAGUGUUCAGGGAGCAGAGAUCGGCUGA